UCAAAAAAAAAAAAAAGAAAGCAAACACUGCUUUACUGUCUAUAAUACUUGCCUUUUUACAAGGUGAUAGUAAUCAGGAGAGUGUAGGAUUGACAGAAAGGUAGGCAAAUAGAUCAAUGGAACAGAAUGGGAAAUCCAUAAAUUUGCAGUUUGACAAAGGGGUCAAAGCAAUUCAUUGAAGAAAGUGGGAUCUGUGUUGUAUGGAUCCUAUAGCACAUGGAGACCAGUUGCCGUUGCUGUUUUGGUCAACUUCAAAGGCAUUCAUCCAGGUUGGUUUAUUCCAAAACCACUAGAAAUCAUUAGGACCACCGGGACAGCCUCUCCACAGCCAUCUGAUGUGGCUGCCUCAGCUCCACCUCAUGAGGGUCAUCAGUGCUAAGAGUCAAGGCUACUCCAUUGCCACUGACAUCAGUGGUCCAAUGACAGUGAAUGGCCCGGAGCGGGGCUCGUUGAUGGUGCAGUGUGUUUACAACUCAGACUGGGAGACCUACUUGAAGUGGUGGUGUCGAGGAGCUACUUGGUAUGGCUGCAAGAUCCUUGUUAAAACCACUGGAUCGGAGCAGGAGGUGAAGAGGGACCGGGUGUCCAUCAAGGACAAUCAGAAAAACCACACAUUCACUGUGACCAUGGAGGAUCUCAUGCAAACUGAUGCUGACACUUACUGGUGUGGAAUUGAGAGAACCGGAACUGACCUUGGGGUCAUAGUUCAAGUGAUCAUUGACCCAGCGUCAACUGCUGCCCCCACCACGUCUGCCUCCACUACAUUCACAGCACCAGUCACCCCAGAAGAAACCAGCAACUCCCCAACUCUGACUGGCCACCACUUGGACAAGAGGCACAACCUCCUGAAGCUCAGCGUCCUCCUGCCCCUCAUCUUCACCAUAUUGCUGCUGCUUUUGGUGGCUGCCUCGCUCUUGGCUUGGAGGAUAAUGAAGUGCCAGCAGAAAGCGGCUGGGAUGUCCCCAGAGCAGGUACCGCAGCCCCUGGAGGGCGACCUCUGCUAUGCAGACCUGACCCUGCAGCUGACCAGAACCUCCCCACAAAAGGCUACCACGAAGCUCUCCUUCUCUGCCCAGGCUGACCAGGUGGAAGUGGAAUAUGUCGCCAUGGCUCCCUUCCCGAAGGAGGACAUUUCCUAUGCAUCUCUGACCUUGGCUGCUGAGGAUCAGGAGUCACCCUACUGCAACAUGGGCCCCCUCAGUAGCCACAUCCCCAGUGGAGGCCCUGAGGAUCCCAUGGAAUACAGCAUCAUUAGGAGGCCUUAGCCUGCACUCCAGGCUCCUUCUUGGACCCCAGGCUGUGAGCACACUCCUGCCUCAUUGACCAUCUGUGCCCUGCUCCCCUCAUCAGGACCAACCCCGGGGACUUGUGCCUCUGCCUGAUCAGCCAGCAUUGCCCCCAGCUCUGGCCUGGACUUGGGGCCAAGUCUCAGGGGGCUUCUAGGAGUUGGGGUUCUCUAAACAUCCCCUCCUCUCCUACAUAACUGAGGAGGGGACUAGGGAUAUGCUCUGGGGCUUUCAUGGGAAUGAUAAAGAUGAUAAUGAUAAAAAUAUUAUCAUUAUUUUAUCAUUAUUAUUGUAAAGUAUCAUUAUCAUAAUACAAUGAACCUUUAUUUAUUGCCUACCACAUGUCAUGGGCUGAAUAAUGGCCCCCAAAGAUAUCUGUGUCCUAAUCCUUAGAACCUGUGACUGCUACCUUCUGUGGCAGAAAGGGACAGUGCAGAUGUAUGUAAGUUAAAGACUUUGAGAUAGGAAGGUUAUUCUUGCUGAUUCGGGUGGGCCCAAAAUAUCACCACAAGGGUCCUCGUAAGUAGGAGGCCAGAAGGUCAAAGAGGAAGAGACAAUGUGAUGAUGGAAGUGGACAUGGGUGUGAUGUGAGCAGGGGCUACGAAUGCUGCAGCCUUCAGAAAAGGCAAGGAACGGAUUCCCCCGCCUGGAGCCUCCAAAAGAAACCAGCCCUGCCCAUGCCUUGACUUGAGCCCAGUGAAACCGAUCUUGAGCUUCUGGCCUCCAGAAUUGCAGGAGAAUAAAUUUGUGUUGUUUUUAAUAAGCCACGAAA